ACGGCAGCCGCUGUUUGUAAAGGGCGCGCUGGGCGAGGCAGGGCCGGCCCCUCACCCGGAUCUUCCUCCGCGGCGGGCGGGAGGGUCCGCCCUCCCCAGCGCUUCCGGCGGGGCCGGCUGCGGCUCCGCCAUGGGGAAGAAGCACAAGAAGCACAAAGCCGAGAAGGCAGAAUGGCGCUCAACCUCCGCUACCGCCUAUAGCGAUUAUGUGGACAAGCCUUUGGAAAAACCUUUAAAGCUGGUUCUUAAAGUUGGAGGCAGUGAAGUCACUGAACUUGCUGGAUCAGGGCAUGAUUCUAGUUACUAUGAUGAUAGAUCAGAUCAUGAGCGAGAACGACAUAAAGAAAAGAAGAAAAAAAAGAAGAAAAAGUCAGAGAAGGAAAAAGAAAAGCAUCUAGAUGAUGAGGAAAGAAGAAAGAGAAAGGAAGAGAAAAAGAGGAAAAGGGAGAAGGAACAGUGUGACACUGAAGGAGAAACUGAUGACUUUGAUCCUGGAAAAAAGGUGGAGGUUGAACCUCCUCCAGAUCGUCCUGUCAGAGCUUGCAGAACUCAGCCAGCUGAAAACGAGAGCACACCAAUCCAGCAAUUACUGGAACACUUCCUUCGCCAACUUCAAAGGAAAGAUCCUCAUGGGUUUUUUGCUUUUCCAGUCACGGAUGCUAUUGCUCCUGGAUAUUCCAUGAUAAUAAAACACCCUAUGGAUUUUGGUACAAUGAAAGAAAAAAUUGCAGCAAAUGAAUACAAAUCAGUCACUGAAUUCAAGGCAGAUUUUAAACUGAUGUGUGAUAAUGCAAUGACUUACAACAGACCAGAUACUGUUUACUACAAGCUAGCCAAGAAGAUACUGCACACAGGCUUUAAGAUGAUGAGCAAAGAACGGCUGUUAGCUUUGAAGCGCAGCAUGUCGUUUAUGCAGGACAUGGAUUUUUCUCAGCAGGCAGCUCUUUUGGGCGAUGAAGACACACCAGUUGAAGAACCUGUUCCUGAAGUUGUUCCUGUACAAGCAGAGACUACUAAGAAAUCCAAAAAGCAAAAUAAAGAAGUUAUUAGAGAGAAAUUCUUAGCUAAGCAAAUGGAAGAAGAUAACCCAGGAGAGAGAAAUGGAUUUGGUGUGAGGAGAUGCUCUACCCAGUACCUAAGCUGCAUUUUUGAACCCGAGGGGAAUGCGUGCAGCCUGACUGACAGCACUGCUGAAGAACAUGUCCUGGCACUAGUGGAACAUGCAGCAGAUGAAGCUCGGGAUAGGAUUAAUCGAUAUCUACCCAAUAGCAAGAUUGGUUAUCUGAAAAAAAAUGGAGAUGGAACUUUAUUAUUUAGUGUAGUAAAUUCAUCUGAUCCAGAAGCUGAAGAGGAAGAAACUCACCCAGUGGAUCUGAGUUCGCUGUCAAGCAAAUUAUUACCUGGCUUCACUACACUGGGCUUCAAAGAUGAACGAAGAAAUAAAGUAACCUUUCUUACCAGUGCCAAUACAGCACCUUCCUUGCAAAACAACUCUAUAUUCCAUGAUUUGAAACCAGAUGAGAUGGAGCUCCUAUACUCAGCAUAUGGUGAUGAAACUGGGAUCCAGUGUGCCUUAAGCUUACAAGAAUUCGUGAAGGAUGCUGGAAGUUAUAGCAAGAAAAUAGUUGAUGAUCUUCUGGACCAGAUCACUAGUGGCGACCAUUCCAAAACUAUUUAUCAGCUAAAGCAGAGGCGAAACAUCUCAGUAAAACCACUGGAUGAAGUUAAAGUUCUUCCAGUUCUUAUAAAAGAAGAACACAAGUUGCGUAAUACCUGUCUGGAUUCUUCCAAACAGAUUAUGGUUGGAGAAUCUGCUGGAGACAGUAACACUUCUGACUUGGACUUUCUCUCCAUGAAGCCGUAUUCAGAUGUCUCUCUUGAUAUUUCUAUGUUAAAUUCAUUGGGAAAAGUGAAAAAGGAGCUUGAUCAUGAUGAUAACCAUCUACAUCUGGAUGAAACAACUAAACUGCUUCAGGACCUUCAUGAGGCUCAGGCUGACAGAGUGGGAUCCCGGCCAUCAUCCAAUUUGAGUUCCCUCUCCAAUACCUCUGAAAGAGACCAACAUCAUCUUGGAAGCCCCUCUCAUCUGAGUGUUGGAGAACAGCAAGACAUAGUUCACGAUCCCUAUGAAUUUCUUCAGUCUCCAGAAACCUCAAAUGCUACUAGUAACUAAUCUGACAUGUACUAUAUUUAUUUUGUAUUUUAAUUGUAUUAUGUUUUUAUAAAGUUUUUGUCCAUGACAGAAACUGCAUUUUUGUCCUCUUUUCUAUGAGGAUUGCUGUAUAAUAUUAUCAAGUAUGCAGGAUUAAACAAGCAAACAUAUAGAAAACCCCAACCCCAAACUAAUUCGUGCAUAAUGUCAUUAGCAAUGUUCCAAGAACUGCUUUCAUUUUGUUUGUUAAGAGAGAGUGUUAUCUACUGGUGUGUGAAUCUUGGCUGAAAAACAGCAAAUAACGUGUUAGAAAAAUUGAUAUUUUAUAGACACUGAAAAGUGAUAAUUUUCCCAGAAUCAUGGCAGCAGUCAUUAAAUGUUUGCAGUACAAUUAUCAGCUAGUUCUGUAGAUAAUUGUUCUGUUUUUAAUCUACUGUUCAGGUUAAGACCUGAAUAUCUCCGAGGACGAACAAAGAACUGCAUGAAUUGGGAUCAUUAUUGUGUUUUCCAUCUCCUAAGGCUAAUAAUAUGUAGAAAUUGUUUUUAACAUUUGCCCACAUUUUUAUAUCUUUUUUUAAUCACUCUAGGGACCACUCAAUUUGAGAGUAACAGUACUUGGUGGUUCCAGUAAAAUGCUCGUUUACAAAACUUCUACCCUGGAUUUGAAAGAGAUGAAUGUUAUUGUAUCCCUUGUAUCUUGAAAGACAAAGAAAAGAUAAUACUUGUAUUUUUUAAUAGGAUAUGUAUAUCUCAUAGGAUGGAAAAAAUACUGGAUAAGGUGUGCUUUUCAAUAAAUCCAAAAUAAAACUUUUAUAAUACAUCAAUACUGAAACUGUGAGGUUUUGUACUAUUGCUAUGUGCAAGCAAUUGUUAUGAAUUUACAUUAUUUUGUAAAUAUUAAUAAAAACAGAAAAGCAGUUUUGAAGUAUAGCAAAUCUCUUAUUCUUGCCAUGGAAAAGUUUACUUCCUUCUACUAAGUCUGAAAUGCUAAAGAGUUUUGGAUUGAAUUCAUGUGCUGCUUUAAAAGAUAAAUUUAAUCAUGCUGCAUAAACAAAAAAAUCUGUCAGUUUUUAGGAACCGUCAAGGAAGUCAGUCAGAUAACUGAUAGUAAAGUCUUGAUAAAAGUCUAAAUAGGAAGAUUGUUUCGUUCCAAGCAGGAGUGCUGAAGGAAGCACACAAUGAGGUUUUUCUGUCUGGGAGUUGUUAGGAAUGUAUAUGGCCGUGUGCUUGGGCUCAUCUGCUGCGAGGGUUUGCAUGGACACACAGCCUUGUGUCAGUCUGCAGCUUCCCAAAACAAUUUCAGUUGAAAAGUGUCUUUAAUGUGCUUUUGGUCUCCAGUAAGUCUGAUUUCUCUUACAGCAAAUAUAAAUUGAUUCCUGUAAUAGACUCUAAAUUAUAAUUAUGGUGAGGAAAUAUUUAUUGAAACGCUUGCUGUUGAAUUGCCUGCUGUAGUUCUUGAAUAAAAUUCCCAGGAGAAUGUUUAAAAUA